GUUUCCGGUCCGUCAGUGAAAAUAGUCCGACUGUAAUUGUUUCAGGGUUCAGUGUAAAGCUGAAGAAGUAUAUAUACAGAAAACAAUGGCUACUUAGAGAGCGUGGAUCUAUGGUGCUCAAAGUACAUGAACGUACUUACCCAGGACCUGCACAUUCCACUGGUUUAUGAAAACACGAUCGCCUUAUCAAUUUAUAACCAUGAACCUCAGAAUAGUACUUAUUUUGUGCCUCUCCGCUCUGUCUUGCAUCGCAGACGAUGAAGGAAUGGUGAAAAUUCCAGGAGGAAAGAUGACGAUGGGGACGAACUCAGCCGACGGCAGGGAUGGAGAAUCACCCACGAAAGAAGUGACAGUCGAUCCAUUCAGGAUCGAUAAAUAUCCCGUCACUAAUUCUGACUUCAGGGAGUUUGUCAGGGCACAGAAAUACAAGACUGAAGCGGAGACCUUCGGCUGGAGUUUUGUGUUCCAGGACUUUGUGUCUGAAGAGCUGAAGAGCAAAGUCACCGAGAAAAUAGAGUCAGCACCUUGGUGGAUGCCAGUCGAGCGGGUGUUUUGGAGGCAGCCUGCAGGUCCUGGUUCUGGGAUCCGGGAGCGUCUGGACUCCCCAGUGGUCCAGGUGAGCUGGAACGAUGCCCAGGCCUUCUGCACCUGGAGGGGGAGGAGGCUGCCCAGCGAGGAGGAGUGGGAGUGGGCUGCGCGUGGGGGUCUGCAGGGUAGAACGUAUCCAUGGGGAAACAAAUUCCAGGCCAACCGCUCCAACCUGUGGCAGGGCCUUUUCCCUGAUGGAGACACAGCAGAGGACGGUUACCAUGGUAUCGCCCCUGUCACUGCUUUCCCUCCUCAGAACAGUUUUGGACUAUAUGACAUGAUAGGAAAUGCAUGGGAGUGGACAUCUACACCCUUCCCUGGAGGACGACCAAUGUUCGUGCUGCGUGGUGGUUCCUGGAUCGACACGGAAGAUGGAUCAGCCAAUCACAAGGCUCGAAUCACGACCAGGAUGGGGAACACUCCGGACUCGGCUUCUGAUAACCUGGGCUUCAGGUGUGCUGCCAGGAAGGACAAAACGGAGCUGUAGGGACCAAUAAACGAAGACGAUAAAAAUUAUGCCACAAGGGAGAGCAAGAUAGCAACCAGUUAUAGGUACUAUGCAGUGACCAUAGCAUUUAGUAAAGUCAAGACUCAGACAGUGGUGAUGAUGUUGAUAAUGUGCAGGAACAUUUUUCUCCUGUGGAGACCUGGGCUCAAAUCAAUCUGCUUAACCUAUGUGUCUUUUUCUACAAACUACUGUAAUACAAGCAAUAAACAAGAUUUUACAUCAA